GGAAAAAAAAGAAAAAAGAAAAAAAAGAAGAAGACGCGUCAAUAAAAUAGCAAGAGAAUCAAAACCUAACUCAGUGACUGACUCUACCUUUCAGCAAAGCAAUUGAGCGCCAAAAGGCAAUCAUUUUGUUUUUACUCAGAAUAAAUAAAUAAAUAAACAGUAUUUAAUCAAUAAUAACAUAAAUUUUCCAUUUCUCUUUGUAUAUAAAAACCAAACCAUACACAAACCGCCAACCUCCCAAAGCCAAUAGCCAUACCACCCUCUACAAGUUUUCACCGCCAGAACCUCCCUGAUGUUUGGUGAAAAAACAUUCAUGGGUGUAUGCGAAUGGGAAGUCAGCAUGUCUUGCCCGUAGUAAGCAUGUGAGUGUAUUGAAAUGGAAGUAUCUGCUUCAAACAUAUUGAAAUGCGAUGAUGAGGAAAUGGCUUUGAAGGGCUUGCUUGAAGCAUUUGGUUCUGAAUUUUCUCUUGAACAAAUAGCUUCUGCUUAUUGCAAAGCAGGCCGAAAUGCAGAUUUUUCUGUUCAAAUCCUGCUAGAUAUGGAGAGAAGUUUCCCUACCUCUUCAAGUCAUUCAUCCAUUGGAGAGGCAAUGGAGAAUAAAAAAUCUUCUGAGUCAUCCAAUGAUUAUAUUCCGAAGAAGAAGUGUGAUGCAGAUGAAAAGUUCAAAACUGUAAAGCAAAAAUGGCAUCCGGUAUCAGGAGGAACUGUUUCAAGUGUUCUCGGUAAAAGUUACAUUACAUCCAUGCCAGUGGCCAAUAGCUCUUGUGUGGCAACCAAACCAUUGAAAUUGGAUGCACAGGAGUUCCCGAUGUCUGAACUUUGGGGAGAAGAACCCAAACAAACCCAAUCAAAGCAUGACCAUAUGCACAAGGAUAUGGAAGAUUUUUUAUUCAACAUGUUAGGAGAUGGCUUCCAGCUGGAAAGGGGCGUGAUUCAACAAGUUCUUGAUGCAUGUGGAUAUGAUAUGCAAAAGAGCAUGGAGGAACUACUCAAUCUGUCAGGAGUGAUUUCGGACAAAAGUAACAAAUAUGUAGGUAGUUCCACUGGAAAGUUCACAGAUGUACAGUCAAAUUAUGGAAGACCUUCAUGUAAAAAAAAAUUGCAAUCGAUGAGUUCCCAUGGAGGAAUUUCAAAUGCAAAUCGUGGAGAAUUACCUGGGCUGGGGAAAGAGAGAAACAACCUCCAGAACGAAGUUUUGACUGCACUUUUUAGUGCUGCUGAGAGAUCUGAGGAGGUAUCUAGAAGAAAAACAAAGGCUGAACGGAGGUCAAUAGUAUAUGGAGAGCCGGUGGCUGAACCUCUAACAGACUUUACCUUAGAGAACAAGGCUGAUUCAGUGUACUCCCAGCAAGAUUAUGACAAAGUAUCAUCAGUUGAAGAUAAGGAUGGAGAGGAUAGUUACCAGCUUCUUCGUAAAGCUUGGAAGGAGUAUCGGGCUACAAUGAAUGAAUAUUACAAAGCUGGUGGUGAUGCAUUUGCCAAAGGAGAUUACGAGCGAGCAAACAAACUUAUGGAUGAGGGACUUUUUUUUCGCGACAAGGCUCACGAGGUAGAUGAAGAAUCUACUCAGAAGAUUUUUGAAAGCAAAAAUGUUGAGACACAAGACGAGAUGUUGCUUGAUCUACAUGAAUAUGGCACGAAAGAUGCAAUACGCUCCUUGAGGAGUAACCUUCUCUUACUUUCAGGCAUCCCAUCUUUCAAGUACCUCAAAGUCAUCAUCGAGUUGAACAAGGAAGACGUUAUGAAAAGGGAUGUGACGAAAGGGGCUCGUAGAAGAUUGAUCAUGAAGCUAUUAGAGAAGGAAUCAAUCGAGUGGACUGAAGGAGAUAUUGGAACAAUACUGAUUCAACUGGAUAAUAUCAACCCAAAGCGCUUGAGUUUCGCCAAAAAAUAGUAUGCAGCAUGGAAUCAAUUUGGUUUCUUGAGAAGCAGCCACCAUUUUUUGUGAGGGACAAUAACUUGAUCAUUUGUUGACAAGUUAUCAAAACGUUGACCAUGCAAACGUUAUAAAGGAAGGAAUGAGGAAAUUUUUUUUGAUGAA